AUGGACUCUGAUGAUCGAACUGAUAUUUCACGACAGUAUGGUGCAAUGGAACAAACCUUGACCGCGCCAUUGAAUAAUACGAUUGAUUUUCUUGGACCCGGAAAUGACUUUGGUCAAACAACAGUUAAUUACGAAGAAAUAUUAGAUGAAACUUCUCGAGACUUGCUCAGUUUUGGUUUUAAAAAAAUCGCUAAGAAAAAUGAUUAUAUUCGUAUAGAAACAAUCGGUGAAGCAUUUCGUCAUUCUGGCCAAAAUCCAACAGAAGAUACGAUUAAAGAUAUGAUUGAAAAAGCGAAAUUACUUAAACAAACUCAUCAACAAAAUGAAGAUCCAGACGAAAAAGCGGAUGAUCGUUUAUCAUUUGCUGAUUUUUUGACAGUUGUUCAUGAAUAUUAUAUUCCAACUAAUGAUGAUAAACAACAAUUACAAGAGGCAUUUGAUAUUCUCGAUCCUGAACAAAAAUCAAAAUUAAUGGUUGAUAAUUUUGUAUAUUUACUUAAAAAUUGUGAUUGGCCAGAGGAUGAUAUCGAACUCCUUUUAUCACAACUAAGUCAUGCUGAUGGUUAUUUUGUUAUUGAUGAUUUACAAAAGAUACUUAUAACACCCGUUGAAUUACCGAAGAAAAAAGCCGGCAAAGGAGGCAAAGCAAAAAAAAAAGGAAAAUGA